AGUCGACAAAGUUCGAGGGCUCUUUACAACCAUUUUCCAUCUCGAAAUCUUGAUUUUCUUCGAUUUAAACAUCUCUUCGCGAACCCUAGUCCUGUUCUCUUCUGUUCAUUGCAAAUUAAGAAAAAACAUGGUUCCCAAAAGGUCCGGCGUCAAUGAAGUCGAUGGCGCUAGUCCUGGCAAAAUUUUUGUCGGGGGUUUAGCCAAAGAUACAACUCUUGAAACGUUUACGAAGUAUUUUGAAAAGUAUGGGGAGGUGGUUGACAGUGUAAUAAUGAAAGAUCGAUUAACAGGUCGACCAAGGGGUUUUGGGUUUAUCACUUAUGCUGAUCCUUCUGUUGUUGACACUGUCAUUAAAGAGGACCAUAUCAUCAAUGACAAGCAGGUGGAAAUCAAAAGGACGAUACCUAAAGGUGCGGCACAAACAAAUGAUUUUAAGACUAAGAAAAUCUUUGUUGGUGGCAUUCCAACCACUGUGACAGAAGGUGAAUUUAAGGAGUUCUUCUCGAAGUAUGGUAAGGUUGUGGAACAUGAAAUCAUACUUGAUCAUGCUACUAAGCGUUCUCGAGGGUUUGGGUUUAUUGUCUUUGACAAUGAAAUGGUUGUUGACGAUAUCUUGGCUGAUGGAAACAUGAUCGAAAUGAAUGAUUCAAGGGUUGAGAUCAAGAAGGCUGAACCAAAGAAAGCCUCAAACUCAGCUUCAGGCUCUGCGUUUGGUAGUACCUCUAGGUCACGUGCUUAUGGAGAUAAUUUCAGAGGAUAUCCUGAUACUUAUAGUGGAUUUGGAAGUGGUUAUAGUCCUGCAUCCUAUAGGGGGGCAUAUGGAGGCUUUUCUAGGUUUGGUGAUUACAAUGGCUAUGGAGGUGGGGAGUUUGGAGGAGGUUAUGGUGGACCUGUGAGUAUGUCUGGUUAUCAGGGAGAAUCUUCCUAUGGUUACUUUGGCCGGCAUGGCUCAUAUGGUGGGGGUUAUGGUAGUGGUCUAGGAGGGAUGUUUGGUAGAGGUGAUGUUUAUGGCCGUGGUUCAGGUUCAAGUUCAGGUGCUGGCUAUGGUCCAGGUAUCGGCUAUGGUCCAGGUACUGGUGGUUAUGGUGGAGCGGGAGGAAUGUAUGGAAGUAGGGCAGGCUAUAGCAGCAGUAGUCGUUACCACCCUUAUGCACGCUAGACAUUAGUAAGAACCCCUUACCAUGAUAGGCGCCAGCAUUUUAAGGAUUCAGAGCAGGAUGCAUUAGAUCAAGACUGGGAGAUUGCAUUAGUUUCAUCUGCAUCAAUGCUUUUCAAUUAUAGUGUGGUCAUUGACCUUCCCUUAGACUGAUAGCAUUUAGCAUUGUAUUGUAUUCUUUAGUUGAAUAGUUGGUCUAGAUUGUGAUUUAAUUAGAUGCUGGCGUGUGGUUCUAUUGAUAUAGACGCCAUAGCUUAUUAUAAACUUGAGGUUUGUUUAAUUAAAAAGGAACAGCUAUUAGUCAUGCCCAUUUGCAUUUGAUGGCUGGGUAGGGCUAGUCAAUCACGGAAAAGCGUUAGUUUUUCACGUAUAAGCUGGAUUUUUUGAGUAGUAGUCAUUGCAAGUAAUGGGUUAUGUUCCUUUAAGGGAUGAUUUCAAAGGCAGGUGGCUUCAUUAUGUCGUUGAUGCUGUGUUGUUAAACUCCAUUUUCUACCAUUUUUAGGGUCUAUGCUAGUACUUGUUAGCACUGUCCCUAUAUGGAAUUUAAGGCAUUUCCACAUUAUAUUCUGCAUUGAUAUAGAUAAACCGAGAAUCGUGAUAUUAGCCUAUGAUUUUAAAAUUUUUAUUGUU